CUCUCUCUCGCCUCUACUGAAGAAGAAGAAGAAGAAGAAGAAGAAGAAGAAGAGUUCUUCUUCCUCUUACUCUGGUGCUUGGUGACAUUUUCUCUUGAAACAAGUCUCCGAUGUCGCAGAGAUGUAGCAGAAAAAAGAGUCGGCUUCCAUUAGCGGGUCUCCUCUUUAUGCUCGUCGUCACCUUUAUGAUUCUCUUCAACGAGCGUAGCAUUCAGCAGAUCCACCACCACGCGGCCAGUCACAGUCAAAAUCUCCGAGAAGCUUCGACGUCCAAUCUCGUCAAGCCUAAUGUUCCUGGGAAUUACUACUUGGGAGCUCUUGAGGUUUUGGAUAGAUUCAGCAAAUGCAACUCGACGAAAGAGUACAGUGGGAAGAAAAUCGGAUGGGUUGACCCGUUUGAAGACCCGGGUCUAACAGCAAAGGAUGACCAGAAAUGUGAUGUCUUCUCUGGGAAAUGGGUCUUUGAUAAUUCUUCAUCAUACCCUUUACACAAGGAAUCUCAGUGCCCUUACAUGUCCGACCAGUUGGCUUGUCAGAAGCAUGGUAGGAAGGAUUUGGAGUAUCAGCAUUGGAGAUGGCAACCUCAUGCCUGCAACUUGAAGAGAUGGAAUGUGACAGAAAUGUGGGAGAAGCUGAGAGGAAAGAGAUUGAUGUUUGUUGGAGACUCACUAAACAGAGGCCAAUGGAUUUCAAUGGUUUGUCUCUUACAGUCUGUCAUUCCACGUGAGAAGCAAUCUAUGUCUCCUAACGCUCACCUCACCAUUUUCAGGGCUGAGGACUACAAUGCCACGGUGGAGUUUCUCUGGGCACCGUUGCUCGUGGAAUCGAAUUCUGAUGACCCUGUUAAUCACAGAUUGGGCGAACGCAUUAUCCGACCCGAUUCUGUUCUUAAGCAUGCAUCAAAGUGGCAAUAUGCUGAUAUUCUAAUCUUCAACACAUACUUAUGGUGGAGACAAGACUCUGUCAAGCUCCGAUGGAGCAGUGAAGAAAGAGGGUCAUGCGAGGAGGUGAAGGGCGCCGAGGGAAUGGAGAUGGCAAUGAAUACUUGGGGUGAUUGGAUUGCUAACAAUGUCGAUCCAAACACAAAGCGAGUUUUCUUCGUUACAAUGUCUCCUACACAUCAAUGGAGCCGAGAAUGGAACCCGGGAAGCGAAGGAAACUGCUACGGGGAGAAGAAACCGAUAGAGGAAGAGAGUUAUUGGGGAAGUGGGUCGGACAUUCCGACAAUGAAGAUGGUGAAGAGAGUUUUGGAUAGAUUGGGACCAAAGGUUUCGGUUAUAAACAUCACUCAGUUGUCUGAGUAUCGAAAAGAUGGUCAUCCAUCGGUGUACCGGAAAUUCUGGGAACCUCUAAACGAAGACCGGUUGAAAAACCCAGCAUUGUAUUCUGACUGUACUCAUUGGUGUGUACCUGGAGUUCCUGAUGUCUGGAAUCAAUUGCUUUUCCAGUUUUUGUGAAAAUGAAAUGAAUAAAACCUUUUCUUUUUA